AUGGAGCCCUCGCCAACCAACUUUUCUUUGUGGAUGACCCUGGGCAAUUCCUCUUUGUCGGAGGGGGCCGAGUCAGCGGCAGCCCUCGGAGCUGUGCUGAGUCUGAUGUGUGCCACGGGGGUGGCCGGGAACCUCUACGCCCUGGCUGUAGUGCGGGCCUCCCCGUCAGCCUCCUCGCUGCGUGUUCACCUCGUCAACCUGGCCCUGGCUGACCUGCUGUACCUCUCGACGGCCCCCUUCAUCGUGCAUAACGGGUUGGUGAAAGAUUGGCUGUUUGGCGAGGCAGGCUGCAGGGUUCUCCUCAGCCUCGAUCUUCUCACCAUGCACGCCAGCAUCUUCCUGCUCACCCUGAUGAGCUGCGAACGCUAUGCUGCUGUGGCACACCCCUUUCAGGCCGCGCGCCGCGCACGGCGAUACCGCCGGCCUUUGGCUGUCGCUAUUUGGCUCCUGUCCUUUGCCCUCGCUCUCCCCAUGAUGGUGAUGAUCCACCAAGAGGAGCGCGUGGUGGGCGAGGGUGCAGUUGUCCGGCGUCUCUGCUCCUCCAUCUGGAGCGAAGAGCAGUACCGGGUGUACCUGAGUAUCCUCUUCAGCACUAGCAUUGUGGCUCCGGGCCUAGUCAUUGGGUCCCUCUACUGGCGCCUGGCAAGGACCUACUGGCUUUCCCAGGCCCGAGGCGGGUUAGGCCGCUCACCGAAGAACCGUGUCUUCCUCCUCAUCUUCAUCAUUGUCUUGGCCUUUUGGGCAUGCUAUUUGCCCUUCUGGAUCUGGCAGCUCCUGCCCCUUUACUGCCCACUGGCAGCCCGCUUGCCCGUCCAGAUGGAGAUCUCCAUCAACCAUUUGGUGACCUGCUUGACUUACGGCAACAGCUGCAUCAACCCUUUCCUCUACACCCUGCUGACCCGCAACUACCGCGAGUACCUGCGGUCUCGCCAGCGGGGGGCGUCGCAUGCAUCCUUGCGGUGCCUCCAAAGCAGAGGCCGGCCUCAAGGGGAAGAUGCAGAGGUCUGA